CGAACCCGGGCCUCUGCAAUGAGAGAGCGAAACAGAAUCUGAACAGGAAUAUAGGUGGUAUAAAAUUUUAUUACGAACAGCUAAGUCACUGAGCUCCUACUUACUUAAUUUCCAGCAUUUGGCAGAUUCCCUUAUCAAGAGAUCUUACAUCUGAUCUAAUGUUAAUCCGACCAUGCAGCAACUGACUAGGAUUUGAUCUUAAAACCUUCCAGUUACAAAAGUUCACUGUAUUUACAUCGGAAUGUAUAGCAACUGAUCAGUGUAUAAACCAUGCAGCUGUGCUCUCACUCCAGAUGUUUUUCGGGGUCAGAUUUCUCAGCUCGGGGCGGAACUAACAGCGAAUCCAACAGCAAGCAGAGAUCCGCUAUAAGGAUACACAACAGUCUCUACAAUAUUAAUCUAUUUACAAGUGUCUUCUCUGUACACUUCAUUUAAUACAGGAUAAGCAAAUAUGGCGGAAGAAAGUGAGAUAGAAAGUAUUGUCCCUAGUGCCCUCAACACAGGGACUGAACCAGGACCCCUAGUGGAGGUGAAGUUUCAGAAAAACACCUAUCAAACCCAGAAGUACCUGGAGGCAGAACCAAAAGCUUUAGGGGUAACACAGAUUAUGCUGGGUCUCUUUAUCAUGAGUAUCAUGUUAUUUAUCACUGAUUAUUUUGACGGCAAGAUCAUCCAUGCUGUCUCUUCCUCGGCUAACAUAAUAGCUGGUAGUGUGGCAGUAGCAGCAAGGAAUCUUCACCUUCCUAGACUGAAAGCCUGCUUGGGGCUGCAGGUUGUGGUGUGUGUGGCAUCAUUGGUCAGCAUCCUACACAACUUGGGUGAAAUGGGACAUUAUCCUGUUAUUAACUUCUGCUGGCAGGAAGAGCUGAAUAGCACAGACACAGACAAAAACACAGACACACAAACAAUGGACAUGUGUGACAGGCUUUGGUUCAUUGCUGAGGAUAUCAGAGGAAUAGAGAUGCUUGUGCAGCUGACUCAGAUUGCUCUCUCUGCCACCUUGGCUGCCUUCUGCUGCAAAGUAAUUCAGUGCUGCUCACCAAGGAAUAAUGUGCCUGUUAUUGUGGUGAACACAAUCCCCGGGUCCACAGUGAAGGCAGAGUCACAACCCAUUUAACUACAGCUUUAUUUUUACACACAUACUUUAUAAAUGUACUUACAUUUACUAAUACUGGCAUAUGGUUACAUGUAUACAGUCUUAAAAGCAACAUCCUUAGCUAUAAAAUAGUAUGUUAUAUAAAAACAA